AUUCCCUCACCUGACACAACCUCUCCCGGAUAUCUGAAGAAAAAAAUAUCUCUGCCUUUCUAUGCCUUUCGGUAGUGUGCAUACAAGACCGAUGCAUAUAAUUCACAAUUCAACACACACAUACAGAUUGAUAUUCUGAAUUAUGUGACACAAUCGUCUUCAUAAGCGAGUAUUGUCCUUCUACUCUCACACACACACAGGUUGGAUCAACAGCAUGGAAAUCCUUCAUGAGUCAAGCGUGUACAAGGAUUCCAGGCAGCCUACAAGACCUAAAGACUCUGGUUGUGAGGCAUCCUCUUGGUCGUCUGGUUUCAGCUUACAAAGACAAGUACCUAAAUGGGUCUCCACUUAAUACCUACGACAAGGCCUACAGGAAAGUAACGGGAAGUCAUCAGACGUGGAAUGAUAGAUGGCAGGAAUACUGGCUUCCAGCUCUCAUACACAAAGGAUCCGUCGCACCUUCCCCUCAGUACCUCACAACACUAAAAAAGGUUUCGCAGGCAUAUGGCUUUCUGACAGGGAAGCGUUUUGGGACGUUUAGCCGCCAUCGUCUUAAUGAAACCAAGAAAGCAUCGUCUAACCCCGAGAGAAAGUUUAUAACGUUAGCCAAGAAGAUGCUGACAGUAGGCAAACACGUUGGUGUCGUUGCUGCUGUCAACAUUGGGUACUCCGCGACGGAACAAAGUAAACUAAAGAAGUAUUUCAGUAACGCCUCCUUCACUAUGGCAGAGUUCCUUGAGCACGUAUUAUGGACCAGGGACGUGGACCUGUUGGACCAUCACUGGACCCCCAUUAGCCAACUGUGUGGUCCAUGUACAGCUGACUACAAGUACAUCGUGCGGCAUGAGAACCCCAAGGAAGCGGAGUACCUUCUGGGCCUCCUGCACCUUCAGGAAAACACCAUUCCGAGGAAACACAAAUCCAUCGGAGCAUUACAUGAUAAGUCUGACCUUCAGUACUUUGAAGACGUCCCCAAAGACUUAAUGGCCAUAAUUAUUGAUAUGUAUAAACAAGACUUUGAUUUGUUCAGUUAUGAUAAAAUCAGUAAAUAAAGUAAGGAAAAUAUAGAUAUAGAAGACAACCUUAUGUUAAGUCAAAUAUUGGCAAGUUAAAAAAAAGGUCGACAAGAAGAUAAGGUGAAAAAAAGAACAAUUUUAACAUCUGUAUUGUUAACUUCUCUGACCCACUCACUGCAGUACACAGAUAAAAACAACAGGUUAAUAAGAUGAGAAUUAAAACGCCAUCUACAUACAGUACAUAGCGCCGGCACAGUGGUCACCAACCCUCCACAGUUCCUGAUAAUAGAGACUGUGUUGGCCACUAAGGAGAACCCUUUCUCAGUAAACAACGGGACUUCCUUGAACCUUUUCUGUUAAGUAAAUUUCCUUUCGUCUUCAUAGACCAUUUUCUGUGAUCUUGUCAUGUAUGAAUUUCGUGUUUUAUCAUAUUUCUGAUAUUGACAUUAAAAAAAUUAUUUAGCUAGAAAAAUACAGACGCUGUGCAAA